AUGAGCGGAAUUCAGCCUAAAAUUCCCAACUACAACUUGGAAAAUCUCUAUAAAGUGUCGGGCGACUUGGCAACAAUUUCGAUCGAAGAUGAUGCUUUCAAUGAGGACGAAUACUCUUCGAAUCGACUCUUUGUCUCAAACUUUCCGUUUAGCUGGUCCGAGAAAGAGCUGCGCGAGUUUAUGAAAGAUUUUGAACCAGUUGCUGAGGUGGAGAUUGUGUACAACGAACGUGGAAGCAAAGGAUUUGGCUUUGUUACAAUCAACGAUGUGGAACGUUGUCUUCGUGCUCGUUUGAUUCUGAACCACAAGAUUGUUCAUGGACGCCGUGUUGAAGUUCGUCGUGCUCACAAGCACAAGCGUGCUCGUAACACAGGUCCCCAGGCAGCUGCAGCUCCUAAUAUUCUUCAAUCGAAUAUUCUUCAAAAUCUUAACAACUUUGCUCUUCUCUCUUUGCUUCCACAGUUCCAGGCCCAGGCUCAGAACGCUCAUGCUCCAGCUCUUCUCAGCGUGCUUCAGAACUCUCUUUUGGCACAAGGUGGACUUCAUCCAAAUAUUGCUGCAAUGGGCCUUACUGGAGGAUAUGCUGCUCUUCAAUCGCCUUAUCUUACACAUGCUGCUGGAAUUAUGAAUCCGACGGGGGCUACAGUUCAUCCUCAGCUCGCGUCUAUUUAUGCCCUUGCUAGGGCUCAAGAACUUGCAAGAAUGAAUGGAAACGGGUCAGGCACUGGAAAUGUUGGAAGCCCGAACGCCAGUGGCAGCGAUCAGCUUCAAAGUCCAACUCUUACAAGUACUACUACUUCUACGUACAGUCUUUUUGGUGAAACAAACAUGGGAAGCACUGCUGAUUUGGUCAAAAGCGCUCGAGGCGGAGUGCCAUAUCCUCUUGGUGACGAGACCAUCAUUGCUCAAAGGUUCAACUCAUUCGCUGAGCGCGCGCAUUCGACUCCCGAUAUGUCACACUGGCUGAAUGAUGGUCGUCCUAUGUACUCGGACAUUGCCGCCAAUGCUAGAGGAUCUACCAAGCUCACUCCAUUGGAUCAC